AAAUUUUUUUUCGUUUUUAUUUUGGACUGGAUAUAUGUGUGUGUGUGUGUGUGUGUGUGUGUGUGUGUGUGAGUGAGUGUGUGCAUGUGUGUGUGUGUUCUGUCAACAUUACUCGGGCCAUAUUAUAAUACCUAAUAUAGUUGAGUUGAAUUAUUUUAUAAAAAUUGUGUUGUUUCUGAUCAAAUCGGACAAGUAUUUCACAGACACAUACACAUAUAUAAGUAAUACAUAGAAGCUGUUAGUCUAACAUAGUCAACAUAUAGAUAUACAUUGUGUUUAUAUCUCUUCAUGAGAAAUACAAUGAUCGUGAUUUUGUGUAUGAAAUACUAUCAAAUUUAGAACUAUAUUGCGGAUAUAGAUCUUGGAACUAGGUUAUGUUAUUACAGGAUUUUUUAUGCGAAUGAACUAGAACAAUGAAUUACGGAUUUUGUGACUUGUGUAUAAAUGCAUCUGAAAAUAAGCAACAUUUAAAAGAAAUAUUAUUAAAAUUAAUUAAUGCUGGUUACAGUACAGUUGUUAUAAACCAAAAUGUUGAUGAAACUAUAUUUGACACUGAUAAGAGAAAGAAAAAGAAAAUUAAUGAAAAUGUUACGAUUCCAAUAUCUACUGUACCAGAACCCAUCAAUGUACAGGAUUUGUAUGAAGAAUUCAAGGGAAAACUUAAAAUACUCAAUAGAAUAACAUUUUCAUUUUCAGAUCCAGUAAAAACACAUUCUCUAAAUCAGUCACCAGUUCUAAAAAAAUACAAUUUAUUUGCUGUUGUGCCCAAAACUCAAGCUGCAUUCCAAUUUGCUUGCUCUCAACUAAAUGUUGACAUAAUUUUUAUAAAUGCAACUUGUUCUAGCUUAAGACUAAGUAGAAAAUUAUAUUUUCAAGCAACAGAAAAAGGAAUACAUUUUGAAAUUCAAUAUGGUGAAGUUAUUAAACCGAAAACUAGAAAACUUGCAAUUCACUACUCUCAUUUAUUUCACACUUUUGGUAAAAGCAAGAAUAUAGUUAUAUCCAGUGGUGCUGACAAUGCAUCUUUAAUUAGAAAUCCUUACGAUGUAGUAAAUUUAGCUCGAUUGUUAGGAUUAAAUCAAAGAAAAGCGAAAUAUUCAUUACUUGAACAAGCUCAUAAAGUACUUUUAAAAGGAGAAGGACGACGUUGCGGAAAAGCUCUUUUUCACAUUGUAAAUAAUGAAAAAGAGGUAAUUGAAAAAGACGAUUCAGAAACUAUUAAAAAGCCGCGAAUAGAAGCGUAAAAUAAAAAUAAUUUUAUAUUAUACAAUACGUAAAUGUAAAUGUAUGUACUGUAAAAUAAAUUGAAAUAUUUUUUUAUA